AUGCCGCGUAAGUAUGUUAGAGUUACAAAUCGAAGUGAUUGGUCACAUGAAAACUUAUUAAAUGCUAUGAGUGCAAUUUCCAAUAAGGAAAUGAGCAUUAGAAAAGCCUCAAAAGCCUAUGGUAUCCCGUUCAGCACAUUCCAAGAAAGGAUUAAAAAGGGCCAAACCCAAAUUUUAAAUCUUGGGCGUAAACCUGUAUUUUGUAUUGAUCUAGAAAAUGAUAUGACUGAACAUAUAAAAGAUUUGGCAAAACUAUUUUAUGGAAUUACACCUUUGCAAUUAAGAAGUGCUGCUUUUACGUUUGCAGAAGAUAACAAACUUGAACACAAUUUUAAUAGUAGUCUUAAACUUGCGGGAAUAGAUUGGUUUUAUAAUUUUAUUAGAUGUAAUCCAUCAAUAACCAUUAGAAAACCUGAAGCAACCAGUAUUAGUCGUAUAACAGCUUUUAACAAAACUGAAGUUUCACUUUUUUUUGAAAAUCUUAAGAUGUUAAUGGAAAAGUAUUCAUUUGUUCCUUCACGCAUUUUUAAUAUGGACGAAACCGGAAUUUCCACCGUACAAGACCCAGGAAGAAUAAUAGCACCUAAAGGCCAAAAACGUGUAGGUUCUGUCACGAGCUGGGAAAGAGGUAAAAACGUAACUGUUAUUUGUUCCAUGAGUGCGUCAGGUACAUUUGUUACUCCUAUAUUUAUUUUCCCAAGAAAGAGAAUGUGUCAUCAAUUACAAAGAAAUGGUCCUCCAGGUACAGUAUAUCAGUGUACCAAAAACGGGUGGUCCAAUGAGGAUAUUUUCCUUGUUUGGUUACAGCAUUUUGUUAAUCAUACGAAACCAUCAACGGCGGAACCCGUUCUCCUUAUAUUAGACAACCAUGGAAGUCAUAUUAAUUUGCCUGCUUAUGAUUUUUGUAAAAAAAAUAAUAUAAUUAUGUUGUCAUUGCCACCACAUACCUCACAUCGAAUGCAACCUCUUGAUGUCACAUUUUUUGGACCACUAAAGCAGGCAUUUAAAAGAGAAUGUGAUUUAUUUAUGAAGUCAAAUUCACUUGUAAAAAUAACCCCGUAUGAUUUGGCUGAACUGUUUAAUAAAAGGAUUUUUUUCGCAGCUAACACAUUUGCUACUGACGAUACCAACACCUUAUCUCCAGUUGUUAUUGAAAUGAAUUCUACUUCUGAAGAACCAUCAAAUUCUACAAAAAAUGUUAUAAAAAACCCCGUGCCUUCUACAUCUACAUCGUCGGAAUAUCUUGUUACCUUUAAAUCAAUUACGCCAAUUCCAAAAAAACAAUCUCCAAAAGUGGUUCGCCGAAGAUCUGCAAAAUAG